CGCUCUUCUUUCACUGCUCCAUCCGGGAACUUCGGAAUUAGCAUUGACAACCGAAGCGCAACUUUUUUUCCCCAGGCAAAGUGAAAUCCAGCCGCGGACUCGGACAAAAAUAUAGUCCCCCGGAUUUCAGUUCUAAAUUAGCGAAAGAAAAAACAUACCGACAAAACCUAUCUCAGGCGAGUUGAAGUUAUCUCUGCCGGAGUGUUUGUGUCCGAGUGGCGCCGUGUGUGUGAGAGUGUAUAUGUGUGUGUGUGUGUGUGUGUGUUUGGAGCACUUUGUGUAGUGGCGUGAAGUGAGCGAUGAGUCUUGUUGCCCAGUAAAGAAGCGAGAACUUGCUUUUGGCAGCGCGAGGAGUUCUUCUUUCUUUCCUGCUCUUCAUGUCGCUUUUUUACCCCUAAAACACCUCCAGCUCGGUGCAAACAAACUUCUCAACGCGUCGAAAGUGGAAGAAAAGUGAUUUUGAAGUCGGAAGAUGGAGCUACAAGGCCUUCAAGAGGCGUUGAAAGUGGAAAUCCAAUGUCAUCAGGACGGAGAGCUUAAGAAACAGCUAGAGGAAAGGCAGAGCAGAGUUACAGCCCUAAGCGAAAAACAAAAGCUAGCUGUAAGAAGUUGUCCUGUGGGGACGCCGGCCAAGCCGCUCUCCCUCAUCAAGCCUCCCAGCCAGAGCAUCGCCAUCUCCGUGGUGCCAGCCAAGGCAUCUGUUUCCAUGGUGACCGCACACAUUAACGGACAAAAGGCGGCGAACUCUGACGCGCUGCAGACAUCCCCCAUCAACCUGCAAACGGCCAACCGAGCGCACAGACCGGGGGAUCUGUGCCACUCACAGAUGCUGGGAACACUCACAGCAGUGCCCAUCAAGGUGCCUCAGGUCAGCUCUCUGCAUCGGCUGGCAGGGCAGUCGCCCACUGUGCUACCUCAGGUUAGGCCAAAGACUCUGAUCCCGGACAGCCUUCCCCACAGCCCGUGCCAGGAACAGCAGUCCAGCCAGCCACUGAGCCUGGCACGCGGAACUGCUGUGGUCAGCCCCAAAAGCCAGGGACUUGGUACCUUCAGCCCAGAGAGGAUGUCCAGCGGCCAGGGCGAGAUCACGCCACCUCCCCUGCCCGUGCCCAGUGUCUCCACAGCCACAGCCAGCCCUGGCGUUGCGUACGCCAUCAUUUCCGCCACCUCACCUGCAGCCAACGGAGUGGCAGCCAUGAGCGAGACAGUGAAAGUGCAACCGCUGAUCUUCAGCCCAGACAGCAAGGUGAUUAUAAUCCAGCCACAGAUCCCUAGCAGCUCUCAGGGUUCUCCAGGCCCCCAGGCUGAGAUCCCCUCUCAGGAGCCCAGUCCUGCCCCCUCCCCGCCACACAAGCCCCAUAAAAAGGAGGAAGACCCAGAGAAAAUUGCAUUCAUGGUAGCGCUUGGCCUCGUCACUACAGAACACUUGGAAGAAAUCCAGACCAAACGACAGGAGAGGAAGAGAAGAAGUACGGCUAACCCUGCAUACAGCCUGUUUGAUCCAGAGCGCAAAAGGCUUGCAUCAAAUUACCUGAACAACCCCCUCUUCCUAUCAGCCAGAGACUCUGAGGAUCUGUGUUGGAAGGAGGAGCUGGAGCAUGAUGACCACUGUGCUGUGUGCAAAGAGGAAGGGAACCUUCAGCAGUGCCACAGCUGCACCCGCGCUUACCACCUAGACUGCUUACACCCUCCGCUCAAAUCCCCACCCAAGGGCAUGUGGAUGUGCCCUAAGUGCCAGAAGAAGGUUCUGAAUAAAGAAAACUUGUCUUGGCCACACAAUUUUGUUCAGUCUUACGUUACACACAAAACAGUGAGAGAGGAGGAGAAGAGAAGACUGAUGAGGAGAAACAGUGAACUGAACAAAGAGUGUGCACACCUGAAAGAAGAAGACCAGAGACUCAGCAAAUCACUCUUGAAAUGCAGAGACGUGAAGGAACGUCUGCUGAGUCAGCAGAGGGAAACUCAGGCGUCUCUGGAACGUCUCCGAGCCCUAAUCCGCCUCAUCCAGCGUGAUCACAUGAUCCAGGUCACCAUGACGGCCACCACCACCACUUCAGGGGGAGCAGCACUGCUCUCUCUGCCCUGGAUCAAACCAAGCUCCACCAGCAGCACGAGCAGCUCCACAGCACCCCCUGCAGGGCCCUCCACACUGCUGCACAAGAGUGUGCUGCACUCCCAGGGCAACAACUGAACCCAUCACAGGCAAAAACACUUUAUUCAUAACAACAUACGUGCAUUUCUUUUCCCACACAAGCUCUUCCCGAGCUUAAUGAGAGAUACUCACAAUGGAAGCUGGAGAGUGAAAUCUGGCCAAUGUGGGUUUUUUCCCCCAAGAGCUGUAUUGUCUUAAGGAAAAAAAUAUCAAAAAAUGUAAAGAAAAAAAAUCAAUACUAACUACAGUAUAUUCUUAAGUCAAUUCAUAAGUAUUUUUUAAACCCAACACCUACAGUGCUUAAGAGAUUUUUUUUUUUAACUUAUUGUUUUUAAUUUACUAAAUGUUCUUGGCCUUAAUGUAUUUAUGACAAAUGAGCAGAUAACCAUGCCGUCAUGAAUACAGAAAUUAAGUAUUUUAUGCGGCUAAAGCCUUUUUUUAAAUUACAGUUUUCUUUUUUAAAGGGGGGAUACUUGUUCUACAUAUAGCGAGAGAGAACAUUAGAGUAGCGGUAGUUAAACGAGACAUAUGAGACAGAGAGGACUGUACAGUGAUCUAUCCGAGUAGGAAAAGAAAUUGUUCUCAUUCUCCUAAGAACAACAAUCGCCAUAAUAAUUCAGGUGAAAAGGAGAUGGGAAAGUGGUUUUCAUUGUGUAUGUACUUACGAGCAUACGAGCCUUCAAACGAACACAAAAAAGGAAAAAAAAAAAAAAAAAAAAGAGAAUAACUUUUUUUUCAGUAUUAAUAGAGUUGAGAUAAAGGAACAAAGUAUUUAAGAUGACUACAAAAUUUAGCAUUUCUAGUGGAGAAUUUAGUAUUUUCAUGCGGAUGCCUGUUCAUAAUUGUGAAUUGAAGUAUUGGAGAGAGGGGAUUGUUGUACAUAUGUUGUAUUGUUAUAACAGGUCCUUCUGAUUUUUCUUCUGUAUUGUUACUCCAAUCAGAGCCUCAUCAAUGAUGUUUCUUUCUGUUUCCUUUGCACUGACAGCAAAAGUGGACAUUAGGAAGGGCCAUUCAAGUUCCAAUGAGUGUGUGCACCUAUUGUCAAACCCGUUCUUUUCUUUCUCCAGUAUAUAAGAUAUGCCAAAAAAAAACCCUUACAUUUUUAAGCUGGGAGCUUUCCCAUCUUUCACCAUCGUCUUUAUUAUCUGUCUUGUCUGUAUUUGUAGUUUUUGCUUUAAUGAUGCCUUAUUUCCUAAUCGCCACAUUGACAUUAUGUACAAUUUCACAUAUUAUUGCAAGGACACAUCUGACUGUUGUGUCUGUUUGGUUAUUUCAUUUUCUUAAUCUGUGAGAUGAUCUAAAUGAACACUGCCUCAAGAACAAGAUUAGAUAACGCCAGGGUUUAUUAAAUAUAUCACAUUAAAAUGAGAAAACUUACCUGGAAUUAAUUUUUAUGAAAGGACAAUUUUGUGAGUCACCUUUGCUAGUUUGUCUUCCUGUUCUUCUAAAGGAUUUCUCAAGGUGCGCAGUUCUGACGUGGCCUGUGAGGCAGAGCUGCUUCUCAACCCGUGCAGAGGAAAAGCUGAUCUGCCUUUGCUUUAUGUCUAUAGCUACUGAUCAGCGUUCAACCCAAGUCAGCAGGGUCUGGGCCUGAUCAUGUUCCAGUGGAGCAGAGGACUUUGUUUCCAGAAAUAAAACAGUGCAGGUCACUUGGUCUCGAACUGCGUUCAGUUCUGCUGGAAUCACCCUGAUCAAAGAUUCCUAAAUAACCAUGGCAGAUUUUAAAAAGACAAACAACUCAACACAUGAGAUAUCCAGUAUCAUUAUCUAUUAUCAUUACACAAGGGCUUCACAGGUAUGGGAUAUAUGGAUGUGGAAACAUUAAGUGCAUAUCACAGAUUCCUGACAUGGUCUGUAGAUUAUUGUAAAUUUAACAAAUUGAGUCAGACCGGUGUGCACCAACCACGUAAGGAGUCGAACGUAAGGAAUUACAUGCAUAUCACCCACUGGCCCAUAAUACCCCCCACGUCAUACAUGCCUGACCUAAGGGAUUAGCUCACAGGAAACUGCAGAGGCUACAAUAUAUAGAUUAGAAUCAAACCAUGUUACAAACAGGAAGGUUGAAGAUAAAAAAAAAAAGCAAAAUUUCCCAUAUCAGAGCUCUGUUCAUAGCGAGAGUGUUCUUCUGCCCUUCAUGCAUCAUACGAGACAUGUCCCCGCCUCCUCCGCAGUCCACCCUCCCCCAUAUUCCAGAAUCUUCUCCGGGACAAACUGUGCCGUGCUUAUACAGAUCUAUUUUAAUACACUCGACACUACGUUGAACAAGAUGAAACUUUUUUAUAUUCUUUUAUCAAUGAACGUGAGAAAGAAAAGAGACAAAAAGAACAUGACAAUUUUUUAUUGUUUGCCAAUUAUGCAUUUAGCUUGCAAUGUGUGAUGUGUCCGUAUGCUAUGAGGAAAAGGUAGCAAAAAUAAAACUGAAAUGGAAAAGGCAACAAGGCUACUGUUAGAUGGAUGUCUUCGGACUGUCAGAGUAGUGUUUUUUCUUUGUCAUUAUGGAAGGGGACUGUCCAGUGGAUAGUAUGUAUAGGAAAGUGUUUGUCUUACAUAUGCCAAUGUAGUUUUUUCUUCUUUAUGAUGCAUUCAAAGUUGAUUGAUGGAAGUUGGUAAAUGGUAAAGAGUAGUCACACUUUUUUGUACCAAGUUCUUAUUGAAAACUGAAUCAAUAAUAAACAUGGAAAAUUGGA